CUCUCUUACGGCCUUGUAACCCUGAGGAACACUAAACGAUAUACGAAGCGAGAUCACCAUGAGCAACCUUGAGAAAACUCUCUUUCAGCUCAAAUUCACCGCGAAGACCCUGAGCCGACAAGCCAAGAAGGCGCAGAAGGAUGAGAAUGUCGAGAAGGCUCGAUUGAAGAAGGCGCUCCAGCAAGGUAACAAUGAUGGCGCACGGAUAUACGCUGCCAAUGCGAUCCGUAAGAAGAACGAGUCGUUGAACCUGCUCAGGUUGUCCAGUCGAGUUGACGCGGUCGCGAGCCGAGUCGAGACUGCUGUUACCAUGCGGCAAGUCACUGGCAACAUGACAUCCGUUGUCAAAGGUAUGGAUAAAGCCAUGGAAAGCAUGAAUCUUGAGCGCAUUUCGGUGGUCAUGGACAAGUUCGAGUCGCAGUUCUCCGAUCUCGAUGUUCAGACGUCCUACAUGGAAGAGACGAUGUCAAACACUACUGCCGUUUCUAUGCCACAAGAUGAAGUAGAAGCGCUCAUGAAGCAGACCGCCGAGGAAGCAAACAUCGAGCUGCAGCAAGAUCUUGCUUCCAAGGACCUCGCGCCUGCUACUGGUAUCAAAGAGAAAGAGACUAUACGGGAGGAAGAUGAUACGCUGGCAGCGCGGCUAAGGGCAUUGCGGCCCGCCACAUGAGCUGAAGCCUUGGACCAUAACAUCAUGUUGCAUUCGCUGUGUGUGAUUUCCAUCAGUGUAGGGAUGUAUACCUUCGGUUGUAA